GAGCCACGGUGUGCGCGCGCGACCCCAGGCCUCCCAGCCGCUCUUAAUGGGAAGGGUCUGGGCGGGGGCCCAGCCUGACCCCUAGAGCCCCGCCCCCGCCUGGCUCCGGCUGUUCGGCACCGCCCGGGGCAGCGGCACGGCGCAGGCCCGUCGGAGAUAAGGGGCUGGCACCAGCGCGCAGGCGCGGCGUCCGCUCGGCAGGGGGCGCUCAAACCCCGCCUCUUCCCACUCAUAUCCGGGUGCGAGGAGAGUCACUUCCGGCCACUGAGUCGCCGCGCAGCGCCGUUUCUUUCACCGAGCGCCGGAGCGGCCUGGUCUGAGGCCUCCGCACCGAGCUCAAUUUUUUUUUUCCCCUCCCCGCUGCCGGGGUUGCCGCUCUGUGGUCCCGGCCGGCUGGCCUGACGCCCCUGCUCCGCCGCCAUGAAGCUCGUGAGGUUUCUAAUGAAAUUGAGUCAUGAGACUGUGACCAUUGAACUGAAGAAUGGAACACAGGUGCAUGGAACAAUCACAGGAGUGGAUGUCAGUAUGAAUACACAUCUUAAAGCUGUGAAAAUGACACUGAAGAACAGAGAGCCUGUACAGUUGGAGACAUUGAGUAUUCGAGGAAAUAACAUUCGAUACUUCAUUCUGCCAGACAGUUUACCUCUGGAUACCUUGCUAGUGGAUGUUGAACCAAAAGUCAAAUCCAAGAAAAGGGAAGCAGUUGCAGGAAGAGGCCGUGGCAGAGGUCGGGGCAGAGGCCGUGGCCGUGGCAGAGGAAGAGGGGGACCUAGGCGAUAACUUCUCUCUCGCCACAGAUACAUGUUACAAAAUUCUAAGCAGUUUGAUAUUUUUUGUACAGGUUUUGUUUACAGUGUCAAUUUUUAAUAAACACAAAUGUGGAAAA